AUGCUACCUACUGUAAGGAUCCCAAACGUGUUUAGAACUGUUCGUUUUAGACCAGCUUUGUCUAGCAUUAGUCAAGUAAGAACUUUCCAAGAGAGAAGAGCCGGUCCUCCACCUUUGCCCAAGGAGGAACAGGAAGAAUUCGAGAGACUUCAGAAGCUUGCUUCUUCACAGGAAGCCAUAGAUGCUUAUAAUGCGCAGUUUGAAACAGAUCAUACUAUGGAAUCUGUCAAGUCGCCCAUCUUAAAGAAUGACGUUGGAGGGUUUUCUCCGGAAUUUAUGAAGACCAUACCUGAAUUUGAAGGUGACAAGAACCCAGAAACGGGAGAAAUCGGUGGGCCUAAGCAAGACCCUUUGAGACAUGGCGACUACUCGUUUAACGGACGUGUGACAGAUUUUUAA